UCCCUUCUUUCCAGCAUUUCUAACAGCCCGCCGUUGGCAAAGUAAAACCGGAAUAGAGAACUCUCACUCUCACUGACACACUUGUCCAACCUUUUCUUCUGUGAGCUGGCCGCCGUUUCCUCAUUUCGCCCAGCAGCCAUGGAAGACGAUUCAGAAUUCACCAUCGCUGAGAUGGUGGAAAUGAAGAACAUAUACAAGGAAAUUGGGGAAGAGACAUUAGCUCCUGAUUUUUGCAAAGGGCUUGCCUCCAGUUUUAGUUUAUCCCCAAAUCGAGCUGGAAAGCCAGCCAUAACAUGGCAGCAGGUGCAUAAUUGGUUUCAGGACAAACAUAAGCGGACACAUCCUGAGCCCGAAGCUACUCUCGAACCUCUGCGUCUUGAAUUUCGCGCUGACCUGCCAAAUGGUGCUGCUGUUGUGGAGAGUGCACCACUCAUAAGCUUUCAGAAGCGUAAAGGGUCAAAGGCUCCUGAUCUCUCGGAGUUGAUAUUCGAAGCUAAAUCGUCAAAAGACUUUGCUUGGUACGAUGUUGCUUGUUUCCUUAACUACAGAAUUCUAUAUUCUGGUGAGCUUGAGGUGCGAGUGCGUUUUGCUGGCUUCCGAAAUACCGAAGAUGAGUGGGUGAAUCUUAAGGCAGGUGUGCGUGAAAGAUCUAUUCCUCUGGAGCCCUCAGAAUGCCACCUGGUCAAAGUUGGAGAUCUCAUCAUGUGCUUCCGAGAAAGAUAUGAGCAAGCAGUUUAUUAUGAUGCUCGCAUAGUGGAGAUCCGAAGGGGUCCUCAUGAUUCGGAUAGGUGUGAUUGCAUCUUCCUAGUUCGCUAUCUCCUUGAUCAUGCCGAGGAUAAAGUUGGAUUGGAGUGGAUAUGUCGCAGGCCAGCAGGCGAGGAAAGUAAUAACAGGGAGGAAAUACAACUUCCUCCUAAAAGCAUCUUUUUCUAGAGGGGGUGGAUCAAGAGGGGCUCGUUUGCUUGACGAACAAGUCAACUUAAGCCUAUGAUUAAGUUGUUUUUUUCUUCGUUUUUUCUUUUUAAGGAGGAUUGAUUAAGCUGUUGAAUGAUUAAUAAACUAAUAAUCAACAAGUCCAGUUGUAUUUCUUUUGAAUACAUUUAGCUACUAUAAUAACAAAGUAGUUUAAGUAGUUACUAUGUCGUUGGCCAGCAUUUCUUCCAAGUACGUUGCAAACC